AUGAGCUCCCCUUUAACUCAGCAGUUGAGACCGGAUUCCUUUGAGCCCAAGAUCGUCCAGCUCUACCUCCAUCUAUUCAAUGUGUUGGUCAAUGAAGAAGCGGAUGAUGCCGUACCAACCGAGGGCUUCUGGAGGGAGUUCUUCCUGCUCAAGCCUGAUAAGCAGCGUCUCUAUGACAUUCUUGAGCCGAUGACCGGGUUUGACCUGCUGCAUAUGCAAGUCCAAAUGCAAGUCUUCUUCAGAAGAGCUAUCACCGAGGCCGGUUCGGGAUUAUCUCCCCGAAAUGAAAAUGCUCUGGAGAAUCUGACAGCCUUCCUCUGCGCCGUAUUUACCAAGAAAUACACGAAUCCAAACACAGACGUCAUUGAAGUCCUUGCCGGGUUGGAUACCAUUGAUAGGUUGAUGUCUGAUCUGGUCCAUGGUCUGGAGUCGAUCAUUCGACAAGCAACUAAGGAAUCCCUCCGAACCAAGGCUCUCGAGACGGUACUUGCUCUAGUGGCCGGAGGCUUUCACACCAGCCUUGUCUCCUAUUUCAUGCAUCGGGACCUCUUUUCUGCCCUGAUGAAGUACGUCCAUGAUGUUCAUGAGAAACCAGUCAAUUGCCUCAAGGCGUUUGUCGUCGUGGGCGUCUUGUCCAGCUACAACAAAUUUGAAUCACACAACGUGUAUCAAAAUCGAUUGGAGGAUUUCGUUAAUGAGGAAACGAUUCGACUUCUGGUUCAAAACUUUGCCACUGCCUGUGCAUCCAUUCGGGACCAAUAUGUUGCCAUCCAGGACGACUAUCCUGCACCGUGGAGUUUUAAUUCCACACUGGCACUGGUGGGAUUGCGUGGGUUGUCGACCGACACAAAAAAUCCUCUGCCUGCAUCAGAAGAGGAAGCAAAGGCAUGGUUCACAUCACUCCCGAGGCAGGACGCCGCUUGCAUUCUCUCGUUAUAUUCGUUUGUCCAAGCCAACAAAUUGUUCGCGGCCAACCUCCUAAAUCUGUCCGCAGACAAGGAUAGAGAGACACCUUUUGCCGCAUUCUUGUCAUCCACAUCAUACAUCUCACACCAUGCUUACCGAGGACCCCGACAGUCCACAUACGCUAUAUUGAGCUUACUCUCGAUCAGAACCAUGGUGGAGGAUUCUGUUCUAGCCAAGCGCAUCUGUUCCGUGGAAUCCAAAAUGGUGGUUCGAUUGUGCCGACAACGACCACCCCAUCUCCCACUCAUCACCACGGCGAGAGUGCCUGCCACCGCGAUCUUGGACAUUUGCACCGAUAUUCUCAGUCACAACCUUCGGAAAAGACUGGAUGUUCAACUGUACGGCCUCUCGUUGGGUAUUAUAUUACGCAUAGUCACCUAUCUCGAGCAAAGCAAGACUCGCCUCCAACACCAUUGGGCGUACAUAUGGGGUUCGCUCCUCUCGCUAAUGCGCUUUUUAACACAGUAUGCCAACGACCUCCAGCAUUUGAGAGGCAUUCGCGAGUAUUUGUGUGGGACACUUUCCAGUUUGGCGGCCUUUUGCUUGUCGAGAGGGGAUGGAUUUUUGCCCGAUCCGGCAAGCUUUGAUGAUCUCUUUUACAAACUCAUCGAGGCUAACGAUGUGCUGCCGAAAUUUAAGAAUGCAUAUGGCGACCCCAACGUGCCCUCAGAUGCUUUGCACCGAUCGGUGGAGGCCUUGAUCAGCGUCUCGUCGCAUUACCAUGACCUAUUGAAGGCACAACAUGGGAAGAAGACCCACCAAUCACCGGCAGCCAUUCAGAAAGUGAUUAAAGAGGGCUAUGAGACUUUGAAUCUGGAGAUGGAUGAAGGGUUUGGACAGUGGGAGAAAUGGCGUGAAAGUAACUGGAAAGCUGAGGUCAAGAAAUUGAUCAGAAUUGCUGUCGAAGAUGCCAGAAUCUUGUCUUUGAGGUAA